AAGCCGGACGGGAGCGGUGUCAUGGUCCUGUUGGACGCGGCCGCCGUCUGACCCUCACGGUCCCCCUCACUCCCGCUGCGUUCCCCGACGGCCUGGCGCCCACGGCAUCGUGGCCAUGCAGAAGAUAAAGUCGCUCAUGAGCCGGCAGGUCUCCAAGAGUUUUUCUGAGAAUUUGAGCGAAAGUGCAUUACAACAUGAACCUCCAAAGACUCCACACAAGGAGGAGCUGCCAGAUACUCCUUGUAACCCCGAGGCAGAGCAGGAGGUGAUCGACAGCAUUGAGAAGGUCUACUUCGACGAUGAGGCCUUCGACCCCGUGCGAUAUGAGCUGGAGAAGCUGCCUGAGGUUAUGCAGCUGGCCGAGCUGGAGGAGUACCGGGACAGGCUGAAGCGGCAGCAGGCAGUGGUGUCCAAGAAGGUUGCCGACCUGAUACUGGAGAAGCAAUCAGCCUACGUACAGGAACUCAGCAGGGUGACCGAGCUGCAGACCAGCUUGCACGAAGCCAAGGCCAUCUGCUGUGAUGGACGGGGGCAGCUGGGGGUUGCCCAGCAAGGCUUCACAGCUGCCAGCCUUGGCCUGCUCGCCAACCAGCGCAAGCGCCAGCUCCUCAUCGGCCUACUGAAGUCCUUGCGUACCAUCAAGACGCUGCAAAGGACAGAUGUGCGACUGAGCGAGAUGCUAGAGGAAGAAGAUUUCCCUGCUGCCAUUCAGCUCUGCCUCGAGUGCCAGAAUGCUGUCAGCUCAUUCAGCCACUACUCUUGCAUCAGUGAACUCAAUUCAAAGCUUCAGGACACCUUGGAGCAAAUUGAGGAACAGCUGGACGUGGCAUUGGCCAAGACGUGCAAGCUGUUCGAUGUCGUGCACUAUACCAAGGUGCAGACGGCGUACCGACUGCUGGACAAGACGCAGACUGCCAUGGACCAGAUGCACAUGCACUUCACGCAGGCCAUCCACAACACAGCCUUUCAAGUGGUGCUUGGCUACGUGGAGUUGUGUGCUUCCGGCGCGGACACUCGCUUCCACAAGCUGCAGUACAAGGACCUGUGCUCGCACGUGACCGUGGACAGCUACAUCCCCUGCAUGACGGACCUGUGCAAGGCGCUCUGGGAGGUGAUGCACAGCUACUACCAGACCAUGGAGUGGCAUCGCGAGCAUGACGGUGAGGUGUCACUCCCAGAGGCGGAAGAACCAUGCUUCGAUCGCAGCUAUGUGCAAAAAAAGCUGGAGCACGGCCUGACUCGUAUCUGGCAGGAUGUUCAGCAGAAGGUCAAAACCUAUAUCCUGGGAACCGACCUGGCGCACUUUAAAUACGACGACUUCAUAUUUGUGCUGGACAUCAUUAACCGGUUGAUGGAUAUUGGCGAUGAGUUUUGCAGCAGCAAGUCAGAGGGUCUGCAGGAGUCCAUCCGGAAGCAGAGCCUCAACUAUUUCAAGAACUACCACAGGACUCGUAUGGAGGAGCUGCGAAUGUUUUUGGAGAAUGAGGCAUGGGAACUGUGUCCUGUGCGCUCCAACUUCAGCAUUUUCCAACUGCACGAGUUUAAGUUCCUAGCACAGGGCCGAGGAGGCGGUGUCGGACUGGUACCCACGUCCUCACCAAGCAAGAUGGCAGCCACUCCUGGUGCCACCCCUACGACCCCCGUGAUCGGAAGCUUCCCCUCCCACUGCAACCCCUUUGAGAGUCUCCGGCAAGACCAGGACGACGACUCGGAUGACGUACUCGCAGCCAACGGGUACGACUCGGAAGAAGGAGAGAAGAGUCCGUACCAGGAUGAGGACAGCGACAGCGACGUUGCUGACGAGCUCAAGAGGGACUUUGUGGACGAGCAGACUGGAGAGACGCCUGUCAGGAGCGUUUCGAAGGACUCUGUACGAGUGAAAAGAAAAUCGGAGUCACACUACAGCUUAAACAAGAUGAACGCUCCCAUUCUCGCCAACACCACUCUCAACUUCAUCCGCCUCUUCGGGAGGUACCUGCAGAUGAUGAGCGUGCUGCAGCCAAUCGCGUUUGACGUGGUACAGUACAUGUCGCAGCUCUUCGACUACUACCUGUACGCCGUGUACACAUUCUUCGGACGCGAGCACAUGUUCGAGACAACAGGACUGGGGUUGAUCAGUAACCGUUUGCGCACAACCCUCAAUCGCAUCCAGGAGAGCCUCAUUGACCAGGAGGCUCAGACAGACCCUGUGGUGAGUGUGCCAGAGGAGCGCAGGGAGAAGGUGCCCUGCCCGCACCUCAGCCGGCUGGUGGACCUGAUACGCACGGAUACGCUGUAUGGUCUCGCGGAAAGGAUCGUUGCCACCGAGUCCCUGGUGUUCCUGGCGGAGCAGUUUGAGUUUCUUCAGAACCAGCUCGAUGCGAUGAUCCCUCAAGCCAAAAAGCCCUUCCUACAGCAGUUCUACUCCCAGACGGUGAGCACGGUGGGCGAGCUGCGCAAGCCGGUCUACUGGAUGGUGGCGGCCAAGGCCAUCGACUACGAGCAUGCGCUGCUGCUCAUGGCCGGCGUCAAGUGGGACGUGCGCGAGAUUAUGUCACAGCACAGCCCCUACGUGGACUCGCUCCUCAAGGAGUUUGAGGCGUUCAGCAGGCGACUGGCAGAGAUCUCGAAGAGAGUUCGUAUUCCCGUGCCCGUCUCGAACGUCCUGUGGGAGCAUUGCAUCCGCCUAGCAAACCGCACCUUGGUGGAGGGAUUUGCGAGCGCCAAGAAGUGCAGCACGGAGGGACGAGCGCUCAUGCAGCUCGACUUCCAGCAGUUCCUGCUCAAGCUGGAGCGACUCACAGACCUGCGCCCGAUCCCAGACAAGGACUACGUGGAGACGUACAUCAAGGCCUACUACCUGACCGAGGGGGACAUGGAGCGCUGGAUCAAGGAGCACCGGGAGUACUCAUCCCGGCAGCUGAACAGCCUGGUGAACGUGUGCGUGGGAACGCACAUCAACAAGCGCGCCAAGCAGCGCCUGCUCACCGCCAUUGACGAGUCCGAUCGCCCCAAGCGCUAGCACCACGCCUCCUCCUAGGUUGCGUCUCGCAUACUGGGCUAAGCAGCGUGACUUGCACCUGCACCUCGUCCGGAAGACAGGCCUGGAAGGGAGCGCACGUGCACAUGGUAUGCGCCUUUGCUGUGGGUGUGCGUAUAUGGCGAGGCGCUGUUGCUGUAGAUGCGUGAAUGGUGGCACGUCAUGCGCUGCAGGUGUGUGUGUGUGCGUAUGUUGGUGCCCUUGCUGUGAGUGCGUGCUUGGUGGCGUGUGAGUGGUGGUGCACCUGUUGUGUGUGUGUGCAGGUGGUGGUGUGUGUUGGUAGGGAGGUGUAUGUGGAGGCUGCACAUGCUGUUGAUGUGUGUUAGAUAGUUGCACUUGCCAUGAGUCUGAAUUUUUCCUCACAAUCCCAUCGAGCAGAAGACUUGUCAGAUUAUAUAAUCGCUUAAAUCUUUGCUUUCUGCGUCCGUCCAUGUAGUGGGUUUUUUUUUCACGCGGUAUGGCUGUUGAAAGUUUAAUAAGUGGGAGAAAUGCAAUUUGCUCAGGUGAAAUGGGAAAUAAAGUAACUUUUUUCGGCUCUCCUGUGGCACACUACGGUUCGUGUGAUUCAUAAUUUAUUCACAAGUUUGGCCAAAUUUGUGUUGCAAAAAACCCUCCACCACCCGACGCAGCCAAACAAAUUCAAUUGUCAUGUCAACAAACAUUUUACGUGCUAAUUAUCUUUGUUUUAGAUCACCGGUACGUUAAAGGACAUUUAUUACAACCGAAUGUGAAAAAUAGAUGUAUUUACUUGCUGAAUUUCGGUUAUAAUUGUUGAGAAUUGCUAUUAAACUCACUGGUAAGCUGAAACUGUAAUCAUUUGCACACAGGUGUCAAUUUAAUAUGUUUGGGCAUUUCGGGUGGUGGAAGGUUUAGACAACACAAAUCAGGUCGGGUUGUUCUGUGGUCUGACCCAAAACAUUAUUCUGAAUCACAAUAUUGGCUGUCAAAGCUGAUGUGCUUCGGUUAGUUGACCUGUUUUUAUCAUCUUUUUAAGUUCUCCGAGUGUAUUACGAUGGGAUAAACAAUUUGUGACUUACAUGAGAAUACAUUUUUGUCAUAUGUGGCCCAAAUGUACGAUCUCAUGGAAGAAAUGCACCCAUCUUCGCGAGAUGUGGAGUUUCUCCCAGGCUCCUUUCUUUCAUCAACGGUUGUGCUGUAUAUAACUUCCCCCAGUGUAUAUGAACAUGGACUGCUGGUCGAGUAAUGAUACAUGGGCAUAAGCAGUUUGUUUGGGUAUGGUGCCUAUAAUCCCAAUGACUUAUGAGCAGGGUUAGUGGAUCGUGUCGAUAUUAUGUGUGUAGCCGUAAGGCACCUGGAAAAGCACUCGAAAAAGUGCAUUGCUCACUGAUCUGCGUCAAGUUUGAGUGUUCUUCCCUCGUUUGCGUGGGUUGUCUUCAGCCUCUUCAGUUUCCUGCCACACACAAUAAUUUGCAAUAAGACAUUGAUUAAACAUCUAAGAGCUUUGUGAUAUUUUAUUCUUGAGAUGCAGUGAUGGUUUCCUGACCAAAGCAUUACUUUCAAUGUCCGUAUUACGAUGUAUUUGUUCACGUGCAGUUAGUGGUCAGUGUAUUGGUUCGCACCCAGUGGCUGCAAAGUUGAACUGUUUUGAUGGCUGAUGGCAAAACAUAAAUUGAGGAUUUAACAAACUUUAACAAAUGUGAGAAGUAUAAAAUUAAUUUUGUAUCUUAAUAAGACGGGACCAAGCCUCCGAGUCUGUUGUAGCAGUUUGAAGCGUGGAUGAAUAAUUUCACGAGCUUCAUUGCAGUUCAUUCACCAGCUUCACAGCCAUCGCAACUUGUCUCAGUGAAGCAAACAUCGGUAGGCAUGUAGUGAAUCCUAUGGCGAACAGAACACUAUGGCAUAGUCAAAAUAAUGAAUGGCAUUACGGUAAAUUUUUGAUUGAAAGCUUUCGUGACUGCAGGGAUUCAUAUUUUUGGUUCUUUCGGUAAGGUCACGUAUUAUUAUUUUAUUGUUUCCCUUCUACGUGACUUUACCGAAAGAACCAAGAAUAUGGCAUUACAGUAGUUACAAAAUAAGAGCAAACCAGAGAAAAUUGUGUAGGAAAUUUCCAACUAUUUAAACGGCACAUUUCCAAGUAGUUUUUUUUUUUAUCGAAAUGCAUUUACUUGAUGCCAUUGCUUGUACCUGAGAUCUCUGACACAGAUCCCAGGUGGGAUGUUGAUCUCAGCUGACAACUAGCUGCAUGUGCCUUGUUUUAUUCUGAUGUCUGGCGUACAAAUUGGAGGCACUUGUGCCCUGCCUGGCUGCAUUGACUGCAUGUAAAUUGUAUAAUCUAUGAAGAUGUCCUUGAUGACCCAUGUUGACUGCAUCAACUCAACAUGGAGUAAUGUGGAUGUGGUGUGGUAUUCACUGGUUGUAUGCACGCAAGUAGCAUGCAGCAUGUGACAAUAUCUAACUAGGACAUUUGCUAUUGCAGGGUGCUUUGUGCUGAAACUGAAACGUUCACGGGUCAUAAAAAUCAGACAGGUUCCACAUUACUAAUUCAUCACUUUGGUUACCCUUUUUCCUGGACUGUGUGUGAAUGUGCAUACUGUAGUGUGUGCUUAUGCGGGCGGAAGGCGGAUCUUGUCUUUGUUUAUUUGUGUGAGUGUGUGUGCUUAUGUGUCUGUCCGUGCCAUCAAGUGGCCCCUGGAUCACCGCGGUAUUGACACCUGAUUCAUGGUGGGGGCUACUGCCCACCCCAAAGGCCUCCCGAGACAUCUGGCUGAAGUCCACAGCCACUGACUCCAAACAGCGUGGAGCGGAUUGGGAGUUAACAAUCUAGCACUUUCGAGAAUGCCUGCUUCGUAGAAUGUGCUGGGCGGGGGGCUCCGUUUCAUGCACCAUGCGACGCUUCCCAUUCGCUGAGCACAGUGCAAUGGGAGAACCACCAGCUUUGCUUUUGAGCCCAAUUUGGAACGACAAAAUCUGAGUUCCCUCCACACAGUGCCCAACAGACAGGACUUGGGAUGAUGACGAUGAUGAUGAUUUUUGUAUCGCGGAUGGGCACAGAGAGGGAGGUGUUCUUUCGACUGUGCACCACGUGCGCAGGAGGAAAUUAGGACAUACACUCGGGUGGAUGAUUGCAGUCUUGUUGUCGUUUUCCCUCGCUUAGUUGCUCUUAAGUUAAAACAAAGGCUUGUUAAAAUAAUUAAACUAGCGCAGAUCUUCACUGACCCCCCCCCCCCCCCAGGUAGGUAACUAUUUGCGACCAGAAAUGAAAGCAGAAAAACGCUAAUGCCUGUGGGAUUUGCAAUCCAAUUGGACUUUUUUACGUAAAACAAUUCGUGUUUAUGUGUGAAUAACAUUCCAGUUGAAUAUAGGGAGUGUUAACACAUCUGUGACAUUGUUAAACUGUAUAUUUGUGAUUGGGGUGAAUUAUGGGUAUUGCGGGAAAUUUGCAAAUGGUAGAAUAAGGUUAUACAUUUAAUAACGGGUGUGCAAUUAUUCAAGUGCGUGAUGGCAUCUGCUAUUAAACAUCUCUAACAUGUAAACAAUACUACGGUGUUACAUCGAUGAAAUAAUUGUAACUUACUAGUUUGUGAAUAUGACAGCAUUUGUAGCUGCUACAUCGUAGUCAUCAACAAUUGGUAAUGGAACAUUCAAUGGGAAUACAGUGCACUGUUGUGUACAUCUUAAGAAGAGGUAGUGUUUUGCCUGAUAUUGCUCCAACAUUUGUGAUUUGGGCCCGUUCACAUUGACUUACAUCGGAUGCCUUAUUCUUCACAAUGUUAUCACAAUGAAAAUGUAUCUCGUCUGCAAAAUGAUCAUGUACAUUUUGUUGCAUUCCGCUGAUCGUCAAGUGCAUUCGUCAUUCCAAUUACGAUGUGCAGUUCAAGGUAAAGGCUAUGUAACAAUAAAUACACUUUCAGCAAGGUA